CUCGACUACGGCUCGUAAACAAAAAGUGAAGAUCCUUUUCUCUUCACCUGAAAAAGUCAAUUGGUGCGUAGACAACACCUACUCUUCUUGCCAAUUGACUGCACUUGCUCCCCGCCGUGCUUGUGUGUUUUGUGAGGUUUGCUGGUUUUUGACAAUGUCGUCCCUCAGUGCCCGCACGCUGCUUAGAUCCUCGAGAUCAGCUUCCCGCCAGCUACGGACGGCUUCCCUUGCUCGACCCAUCGCCUCCAGCUUCGCGAGACAGUCCUUCAGAACGAGAGUUGCUGCCUCCUUCUCGACGGCGUCGCCCAAGAUGAGCAGCUACACUCCGCCGCCAUCCAACCGCGACUUCGAUCCGGAGAUCGUGGACAUGGCCAAGUAUGUUCACCAGUACAAAAUUGACUCUGACGUCGCCUAUGACACCGCUCGCUGGGUCAUGGUUGACGCUCUUGGGUGCGGUCUUGAGGCCCUGAAAUUCGAGCAAUGCACCAAGCUGCUCGGCCCCAUUGUAGAAGGCACCGUGCAAGAGAACGGUGCUAAAGUGCCUGGUACUCCGUACCAACUCGAUCCUGUCCGCGGUGCUUUCAACAUUGGUGCUAUGAUCCGCUGGCUCGACUUCAACGAUUGCUGGCUGGCCGCCGAAUGGGGUCACCCGUCUGACAACCUGGGUGCUAUUCUCUCGGUUGCAGACUGGAUUUCGCGCACAAACCGCGCCGGGGGCAAGCUCGGCAACGGGAAAGUCCUCAAGGUCAAGGACGUUCUCGAAGCUAUGAUCAAGGCGCACGAGAUCCAGGGUGUUCUCGCUCUCGAGAACUCGUUCAACAAAGUCGGUCUGGACCAUGUCGUCCUCGUCAAGGUCGCCUCCACCGCCGUGGUCUCCAAGAUGCUCGGCCUGACUGAGGCGCAAACCCGUGACGCCAUCUCCCACGCCUGGGUCGACGGCCAAGCUCUCCGCACAUACCGCCACUCGCCGAACACCAUGUCCAGGAAGUCCUGGGCAGCCGGUGACGCCUGCCAGAAGGCGGUAGACAACGUUCUCAAGGUCAUGCGUGGCGAGGGUGGAAUUCCAACCGUCCUCUCCGCUCCUGUCUGGGGUUUCUACGAUGUCGCCUUCAAGGGCAAGAAAUUCGAGUUCCAGCGACCAUACGGCUCGUAUGUCAUGGAAAACGUCCUGUUCAAGGUCUCAUACCCAGCCGAGUUCCACUCACAGACUGCCAUCGAAGCCGCCCAGAUCAUCAACAAGAAACUCGCCGAGAUGGGCAAGACCGCCGAAGACAUUGAUUCCGUCGUCAACCGCACGCACGAGGCCUGCAUCCGCAUCAUCGACAAGCAGUUCAAGCCUAUGGACAACUUCGCCGACCGUGACCAUUGCGUCCAGUACAUGGUUGCCAACAUGUUCGUCUUCAAUCGUCUGGUCGCCACCGACUACGUCGACGGCUCUGAGGCUGCCACUUCGCCGCUCCUCGAGAGCCUGAGAAAGAGAAUCAAGUGCGUUGAGGAUCCACAGCUCACCAAGGACUACCACGACCCGGCCAAGCGAACGAUCGCCAAUGCCUUGACCGUAACGCUCAAGGACGGCACCGUCCUGGACGAGGUGCUCGUUGAGGCUCCUCUGGGCCACAGACUGAGGAGAGAAGAGGCCAAGCCUGAGAUCCUCAAGAAGUACAAGAACCACGUUGCUCCUCACUACGACUCCGCCCGCGCUAAUGAGCUCGUCGAACUCGCCCAGGACCUCGAGAAGCUCCAGUCAAUGGAUGUCGACAAGUACGUCGACCUAUACGUCAAGAACUAAGCGUUGCAUGUAUCGAACAUCAGCAAGAAAAAAUGGGCUUGGCUUUCGAUGCAGAAGAUUUUGGGAAGACAUCCACAUCCGACAGGGCCUUGUGCAUAUGAGGGUGUCGCUGCUGUGCUUCUCAUGGACAUGAUCGUGUUCAAGGAAGUAACCUUGACCUUACGCAGGUGCUGGGAAACCUUAGUUUUCUUCGGGAUAUAGAAAAGGCGUCUCGAGCACGCGAAUGUACAAAGUUCAGUUAGGGGAUGUAAAAAAAAAAAAAAAGAAGAACAAAUUGGAAAAGAUCAGAACUUGUCUCAUGUCAUCAUUGGCAAAACGUGUAGUCUAUAUCAAUCGAGCAGUAGGCGUUCCCGAAACUAAAGCGUCGUGAGUGGUAUAAUAUGCGAUCCCAAUGAAAAGGCACCGUAACUCCAA